AUGUCCACACGUCCCGCGACCACAGCCCUAGCACGGCGCCAACCACUCACCUCGCGCCCACUGGACAUCCUCUACCUGAGCUACUUUGUCAUCCACCUGGCUGCCUCCGUUGCGAUCGAUGCGCAGCUCGCCUAUCCGCCGUACUCACAGCGCCUGUUCCCAGAACCGCUGCGCAAGGUCCUGGCGGACUACCUGACGUCUUCGAAGGACCCGUUCCUGCUAGCGGCAGCGAGGGGAUCUGCGGACCAUGUGUGGUUCCGGGUGCUCCUGAUCAGCGAGGCGGUGUUCCAAAUUCCGUGUUUCGUGGUGGCCAUCUGGGGGCUGAUCCAUGAUGAGAAACGCACCUAUCCGCUGAUGGUCUGCUACGGCACGCUGGCCGCAUCCUCAACAUUGCAAUGCAUCUGCAGCAUCCUCUUUGGCAGCGAUGGGCGCAACCUCACGAGCGCCCAGAUCACCGCUCUGCUCCAAAACUACGUUCCCUUCUGCCUCAUUCCCACGCUGCUCACUGUCGACAUGAUGUUGCGCAUCAUGGGGCUCCUUUCGGAGAAGGAGGCGACGAAGGGUGGGAAGGACGAGUGA